AUGAACUGUGGAUUUGAUUUGAUCAUCAGGCACAAGGGCUUCGUGUACGAGCAGGACAAGACGGACAUCACUAACGACAUCGCCCUGGUGCAUUUGAGCUCUGAAGUCAACAUGACCAGGGAGAUUAGUCCCGUGUGUCUGCCGGCGCUCGGCGCCCUGAUGCCUGCUGGGAAACCCUGCUACGUCACGGGGUGGGGCGACGAGAAAGGUAGCCUCUUCCCUGUUGUAUCUAAGAAGUUGAACCAGGCAGCCCUGCCCAUCGUCCCCUUCGCCACCUGCAGUAAGCCAGCCUACUGGUGGGACACCCUGAGACCCUCUAUGAUCUGUGCCGGAUACGAGUCUCCAGACGAGCUCAAGUCAGCCUGCCAGGGUGACUCAGGUGGACCCUUCGCCUGCCAACCCUCAGCCUCAGACCCUUGGGAGGUCCACGGCAUCGUCAGCUUUGGCGCCUUCGGCUGUAUCAAGGACAAGAAACCCUCUGUGUUCACCAGAGUGUCCUCCUUCAACGACUGGAUCGAUGAUAACAUGAAGAGGUUCACCUAUGAGAAGUCGCUAAACUAAAGCGAAAAUCACUGAUCUCAGAACUGCUUGGGGAUGUUGAUUUAGUUGCUACCUAACCACAGAUCUAGGAUCAGAUUAUAAUUACUCAAAACUGUUUCGUCAGGUUGGAUAGUGUGGGUUGGAGUUGGAACCUAACCACAGAGCUAUGAUCAGAUUAGUUUAACCUGACGCAUAACAUGAUCUAUUAGGUAGGUGGGAAAUGAUCUGAUCCUGUCAGGGCAGAUUGAUCCUACCGUCUACACUCAUUAAGGUUUAACACUACAGUAUUUAUACACUGCAGGCCCCAAGAUGUUUCAUCAUAUAUUUCAGUCAUUUAGCAGAUGCUCUUACCCAGUGUGACUUAAAGGAGACAUUAGGGUUAAGUGCCUUGCUCAUGGGCACAUUGGCUGAUACAGUAUUUCACCUAGUCGGCUCGGGGUUUCAAACCUGGCCCAACACUCUUAGCCGCAAGGCUACCUGCCACUCCAGUAGGGAGGUCUAAUACACUGCUGCACCACAGUACCUUAUGGACAUUAGGAUUAUACUGUGUAUACCAGUACAGAUGAUUGAGGGAAUACUUUUCGCAUAAUGUCUGCAUAUCAAACUCCUAUUCUCACCAUGUAGAAAUAUUGUAAGUAAUGUGAUCAUGAUUCAUGUUGGAAUUGCUUCCAUUCUGGAUCUUUGAAUAAAAUCCUUAUUUUGCAUAUUU